CACUCUCACAAACUCAACCUUCAUCUCUCUCAAUCUCUCGCGCUUUACUCCCUUCCCUCCGUAUCCAGAGCUUGAAUUUGAACUUCAUCAAUGGCGAACUCUUCUUCAUUAUCCUCCUCCAUCUAAAGAUAACGAAGAUUUCCUCAUAAAGCAUUGAAUACUCGUCUCCAUCAUAUCUCCACUUCGCACCGACUUCGAACUUCUUCUUCAAUCUCAGUCUGACGAGAUUUGCUGAUUUAAGCUGAAAAUGGCGCCGAAAAACAAUCAUCGCGGUAAGACGAAAGGAGAUAAGAAGAAGAAAGAAGAGAAAGUUCUUCCUGUCGUCGUAGAUAUCAGAGUUAACCUACCAGAUGAAAGCCAUGUUAUUCUCAAGGGAAUAUCAACGGACAGGAUUAUUGAUGUUCGAAGACUGCUGGCUGUGAAUGCAAUAACUUGCAAUAUCACCAAUUUUUCCUUAUCUCAUGAGGUAAGAGGGUCUCGGUUAAAAGAUACCGUUGAUGUUGCCGCUCUCAAGCCUUGCCUCCUCACUCUAGUGGAAGAAGACUACGAUGAAGAGAGCGCCAAAAUCCAUAUCAGGCGCUUGUUGGACAUUGUUGCUUGCACGACGAGCUUCGGUACGUCUCUCAUCAAGGAUACGAAGAGCGAAAACGGUAAAAAUGUGCGGGCUGCUCAGGAUACAAAGACCUCCAAGAAGUCCGGCAAGUCUCUGGCGAAUGGUAAGGAGAUCUCUCCGCCACCAUCUCCACAGCCGCAAGAGAAGGAUUUAUCGCAGGUUGAAGUUGAAGGAGAGAUGAUUAAUCCAUGUCCUAGGCUUGGAAGCUUUUACGAGUUCUUUUCUCUUUCUCAUCUCACUCCUCCACUUCAAUUUAUCAGGAAAUCAACGAGGCAGUUAACUGACGAGAUCUCAUUGGAUGAUCAUCUUUUUUCUGUUGAAGUGAAACUUUGCAAUGGAAAAAUGACCUUUAUAGAGGUUUGCGGAAAAGGAUUUUACAGUAUUGGGAAACAGAGGAUUUUAUGUCAUAACCUUGUUGAUUUAUUAAGGCAGCUUAGUAGAGCUUUUGAUAAUGCCUAUGAUGAUCUCAUGAAAGCUUUUUCUGAACGUAACAAGUUUGGUAAUCUUCCUUAUGGAUUCAGAGCCAACACAUGGCUCAUCCCUCCAGUUGCUGCGUUGUCACCAUCAGGUUUUCCUCAGCUCCCUGUGGAGGAUGAGACAUGGGGAGGAAAUGGUGGUGGCUUAGGAAGAGAUGGGAAAAGUGAUUUACUUCCAUGGUCAAAGGAGUUUUUGUCUCUUGCAUCUAUGCCUUGCAAAUCAUCUGAGGAAAGGCAGAUCCGAGACAGGAAAGCUUUCCUUCUUCACAGUUUAUUUGUGGAUGUUGCCAUUUUCAAAGCAAUCUCAGCUGUGCAGUAUGUGAUGGAGAAACCAGAAUCAAUCCAUUCUAAUGGAAACAACAUAUUCGUUUACAGUCAGAAAGUUGGGGAUCUAACUAUAACUGUCUUUAAAGAUUCUGCUAAUGCUAGCAAUAAAGUGGACACUAAGAUGGAUGGAAUUCUAGCUACUCAAUUAGAUCAAAAGAGUUUGGUCGAAAGAAACCUUCUGAAGGGAAUCACAGCCGAUGAAAAUACAGCUGCUCAUGAUCUUGCUACUCUUGGUUUUCUCAAUUUAAGAUACUGCGGAUACAUUGCAGUUGUAAAAGUGGAAGGGAGAGACAUUGUGGAAGUAGAUUCUUCAUUACCAAGCUUGGAAUUUUUUGAUCAGCUUGAAGGGGGGGCUAAUGCUCUCAAUAUUAACAGUUUAAGAUUCCUUCUUCACAAGGGUGCAUCUUUAGACUCCACAAAAGUAGUUGCAUCUUCUCAAACUUUGGAAGAAGUAGAACUUGGAUCUUCUCAAGCUUUUGUGGAAAGAUUGCUGGAAGAUAGUAUUGCUAAACUUCAGCAAGAGGAGCCUGAAGAUGAUCCCUUUAUCAGAUGGGAACUUGGAGCUUGCUGGGUACAACACUUGCAAGAUCAAAAGAACACAGAGAAGGAUAAAAAAGCAUCUGCUGAAAAGCCUAAAAAUGAGAUGAGGGUUGAGGGUCUCCGGACUUCCCUGAAAUCCCUUAAGAACAGCAAAAAGAAUCCUAUUGUAACUAAUAUAAAGUCUGAGAAAUUAGAUGGGGACAUUGUCAAUGGGGAGAAUGAAGAUUCUGCAACAUUUCUAUUAAAGUCUCAACUUGAGUCCCAUGAAAAUGAGCACGUUCUUAGGAGCUUGUUGUCAGAUGCAGCUUUUACUCGUCUAAAAGAAUCAGACACUGGACUUCACAGCAAGUCUAUUCAAGAGUUGAUUGAAUUGUCUCAGAAGUAUUACAAUGAAGUUGCUCUUCCUAAACUGGUUGCAGAUUUUGGUUCAUUGGAGCUCUCACCUGUUGAUGGUCGUACUUUGACAGAUUUCAUGCAUACAAGAGGGCUUAGGAUGCGUUCUCUAGGACAAGUGGUUAAACUUUCGGAAAAGUUGUCGCAUGUGCAAUCUCUCUGUAUCCAUGAGAUGAUAGUGCGAGCUUUUAAGCAUGUCGUCCAGGCAGUGAUUGCUUCUUUGGAUGAUAAGAAGUAUACAGCUGCCUCAAUUGCAGCCACGCUGAAUCUGAUUCUAGGUGUUCCUGGCAGUGAGAAACCAAAUGAAACUUAUAAUGUGCAUCCACUUGUGUGGAGAUGGCUGAAUGUUUUCUUAAAAAAGCGAUACCAAUGGGAUCUUAGCAGCUCAAACUACAAAGAUGUGCGUAAAUUUGCUAUUCUGCGUGGAUUGUGCCACAAGGUGGGCAUUGAGCUGGUUCCCAGAGACUAUGAUAUGGAUUCCCCUAACCCAUUCCGGAAGAUUGACAUUGUCAGUUUGGUGCCAGUGCAUAAGCAAGCAGCAUGCUCAUCAGCAGAUGGAAGACAACUCCUGGAAUCAUCAAAAACAGCAUUAGACAAAGGGAAACUUGAAGAUGCAGUCAGUUAUGGGACAAAGGCUCUAGCCAAACUGGUAGCAGUUUGUGGUCCCUAUCAUCGAAUGACAGCAGGAGCUUAUAGCCUUCUUGCCGUAGUUCUCUACCACACAGGAGACUUCAAUCAGGCCACAAUAUAUCAGCAAAAAGCUUUGGAUAUCAACGAGAGAGAAUUGGGGCUUGAUCAUCCAGAUACAAUGAAGAGCUACGGAGAUCUUGCUGUAUUCUAUUACAGACUUCAGCACACAGAGCUUGCUCUCAAAUAUGUGAAGCGUGCACUCUAUCUUCUACACCUCACUUGUGGUCCAUCACAUCCAAACACUGCUGCAACAUAUAUCAAUGUGGCAAUGAUGGAGGAAGGUCUGGGAAAUGUGCAUAUUGCACUCAGAUAUCUUCACAAGGCCUUAAAAUGUAACCAGAGAUUACUUGGACCAGACCAUAUUCAGACAGCUGCAAGUUAUCAUGCCAUUGCAAUUGCCCUCUCAUUGAUGGAAGCUUACCCUUUGAGUGUCCAGCAUGAGCAGACAACCUUGCAAAUUCUGCGAACCAAGCUUGGCCCAGAUGACCUACGUACACAGGAUGCAGCAGCUUGGCUCGAGUACUUUGAAUCCAAGGCUUAUGAACAGCAAGAAGCUGCCCGAAAUGGUACAAGGAAACCUGAUGCAUCUAUAGCCAGCAAAGGCCACUUAAGUGUCUCAGAUUUGCUUGACUACAUUAAUCCUAGCGAUGAUGUCAAAGGAACAGAUUCUGUUUCUGUUAGAAAGAAAAGUUAUGCUAAUAAGGUGAAAGGGAAGUCUUUCCAAAACUUAAGCUUCACAGGUACAGAAAGAUCUCCCAAAGAUGAUUCAGAUGAAGAGAAACAAAUACUUUUGUCAGAAGAUAACACAAAUUCAUCCAGUAGCAGCCUGUUGCCCGCUGUUGAGUCGUCUAAUGAAGAAACAAACCCACCCGAAGCUAUUCAGACUCUCCUAGACGAGAAUAAUCUAAGUCAAGAUGAUUUUCCUGAAAUUGAAUCAUCACCAGCAGCAGAAGGAGAAGAUGAUUGGCAGCCAGUACAAAGAACAAGAUAUAUAGCCUCAUAUGGAAGAAGAAUAAAACAAAGAAGGAGAAUAUAUAGCUAUCAGAAAAAAGAAACAGGAAUCGAAUCCGAUUAUAUUAAACUGAAGAAGAACAACUACCAAAUCUUCAGGAGAUCAGCUUCAGGAAACCAAAACGAGACAAACCCAACCAACAAAUACAGUCGACGGUUCGUCAAAGCAGUUACUUACAGAGUGAAGUCCGUUCCUUCUUCAACCGCCGCCACCACCACCACCACCAAAGAAAUAGAAAAAGAAAAAGAAACUGCUCCAUCUGUUUCCACUACUGAAAUAUCGCAAAAACGUUCAAUAAUCAGCCUGGGUAAAUCUCCUUCCUACAAGGAAGUAGCAUUGGCUCCACCCGGAACUAUUUCUAUGCUCCAUGUGAUAGAGUCUUCUCCAGAUAUCGAUAACAAAGAGGAGGUUAUAGCUGAAACCAUCGAAGAAAAGGAAACAAUUGAAUUGAUCAUGGAAGAUGCUCACGAGGAUUCUAAAGAAGAAGAAAUCGAACCUGUCACUGUUUGUCUGCAUGACGAGAAUAAACCACCUUCAUCAUCAGAAGAAGAAGAGAUUCAGCAAAUCGUUACAUCGGAAGGUGCUGCAGAAUCAAAGGAAAUACUGGGAAAGAAACUGUCAGCAUCUGCAGCUCCGUUCAAUCCAUCUGCAGUUAUUGUUUCACGUGGACCCACAUCACUUCCGAUGAACAUAUCCGUUCCAAUUGGCCCAUGGCCAAUGAACAUGUCUCUUCACCCAGGCCCACCAAUUUGCUCGUCACCUCUUCACCACCACCACCUCCACCCGUAUCCUUCUCCUCCACAAACUCCGAACAUGAUUCAUCAACUUCCAUUCCUAUACCCUUCUUCAUUCACUCAACCGCAAUCAGUAGUUCCAAACACUAGUUUUCCUAUGAACACAACUCCUUUCCACCCAAACCAUUUCGCAUGGCAAGAGUACGUUCACAACAAUAACAACAACAACAACAUGGUUUGGCCAGGCUGCCAUAGGAUGGAGCCAAUGAUUUCACCAACUAAACCUGAGGGAGGACUAGUAGUAGUAGAGAAUGGUGGGAGUGAUCAAGAAUCUAAGGUAAUUAUUGUAUCGGAUAACGAAGAAGAGAAUGGUAAGAAUAAUAAUAAUGUUGAGGAACGACGUAAAGUUGAUGAUGGGGAGAAGACGCUUAAUAUAUUGAUAAAGGGGAGGAGAAACAGGAAACAAACACUUAGAAUGCCGAUAAGUUUGCUGAAGAGAACUUAUAGUUCGCAGGCGUUUAAAGUCGUGUAUAGUAGAGUUGUUCGAGAGAGUGAAGCUCUUAACUCUGCUAGCUGUUGAGAUUUUGAAAAGAUCAUAUAACAACAUCACAUACAACAGUGGAUUGAAUAAGUAUUUUGGAGAUGAUCAAUGACUCUUCUAUCAAAUAUGGAGGAGCUGCUUUCCUGAUAAGGUGGAAGAAAAGUGUCCCUGUGUGUUGUUCUUUAUACCAGACUGGAGAAACAGACGAUAUUUUAUCUAAGUUGAUGGAUUUUGAAGCUUCCAAGGUUUUGACAUAUUUUGUUCCUCUUUUUUACUUAUUUUUUUUUUGUUUCCAUUAGACAUUACCCCUGUUUUUGAAUUUUUCAGCACUUGAACUAUCUAC